AAUUCCCCAUUCUCCUCUCCGGCAAUGCUUCGCUCCUUCAAAGGGCUUUGAUUGAGAAACGAGAGCGAGAGGUGGAGGCGAAGCGCGGCCAACGAUCGCGAGAUCUCGCUGUUGGACGACUCUGAAUCCGAUUCAACGCCGGCGAUCUCUUCCAGAUCCGAGAUCCCGAGGAAUUUAAGGGAGAUCCGAGGAUGUUGACGAAGUUCGAGACGAAGAGCAAUAGGGUGAAAGGGCUGAGCUUUCAUAGCAAACGGCCAUGGAUACUGGCGAGUUUGCACAGUGGUGUGAUCCAGCUCUGGGACUAUCGCAUGGGCACUCUCCUCGACCGUUUCGAUGAGCAUGAUGGCCCUGUUCGUGGCGUCCACUUCCACAAAUCUCAGCCACUCUUCGUCUCCGGAGGAGAUGACUACAAAAUAAAAGUCUGGAAUUACAAGACACAUCGGUGCUUAUUUACACUUCUAGGACACCUUGAUUACAUCCGUACUGUCCAAUUUCAUGAUGAGUACCCAUGGAUUGUUAGUGCUAGUGAUGAUCAGACUAUCAGGAUUUGGAACUGGCAAUCACGGACUUGCAUUUCUGUGCUAACUGGGCAUAACCACUAUGUCAUGUGUGCUUCAUUUCAUCCGAAAGAGGACUUAGUUGUUUCAGCUUCAUUAGAUCAAACAGUUCGUGUCUGGGAUAUUGGGGCAUUGCGGAAGAAAACAGUCUCACCAGCUGAUGAUAUCUUGCGGCUAAGCCAGAUGAACACUGAUUUGUUUGGGGGAGUUGAUGCUGUUGUCAAGUAUGUCUUAGAAGGCCAUGAUCGUGGUGUCAAUUGGGCAUCUUUCCAUCCUAGCCUGCCUCUUAUUGUGUCUGGAGCUGAUGAUCGGCAAGUAAAAUUAUGGAGAAUGAAUGAUACAAAGGCUUGGGAGGUAGACACAUUGAGGGGUCAUAUGAAUAAUGUGUCGUGUGUAAUGUUCCAUGCAAAGCAAGAUGUUAUUGUGUCCAACUCAGAAGACAAAAGCAUCCGUAUCUGGGAUGCUACAAAGCGCACUGGUGUUCAGACCUUCCGUCGAGAGCAUGACCGUUUUUGGAUUCUCUCUGCCCAUCCAGAGAUGAACCUUCUUGCUGCUGGUCAUGACAGUGGCAUGAUUGUCUUUAAAUUGGAGAGAGAACGUCCUGCAUUUUCUGUUAGCGGUGACUCCAUAUACUAUGUCAAAGAUCGCUUCCUGCGGUAUUAUGAGUUUUCAACUCAGAAGGAAGUUCAAGUGGUUCCAAUAAGAAGACCUGGCUCUGUUAGUUUGAAUCAAGGUCCGAGGACACUGUCUUAUAGCCCUACAGAGAAUGCUGUUUUGAUCUGCUCUGAUGCAGAUGGUGGAUCAUAUGAACUCUAUAUUGUUCCAAAAGAUGCUUCUGGAAGGAGUGAAUUUAUGCAGGAUGCAAAGAAAGGGUCUGGAGGAUCAGCUGUUUUUGUAGCACGUAACAGAUUUGCAGUGCUUGACAAGGGUAGUAACCAAGCAUUAGUUAAGAAUCUUAAGAAUGAGAUAGUGAAGAAGAGUGCACUUCCGAUUGUCACCGAUGCAAUUUUUUAUGCUGGCACGGGCAAUUUGUUGUGCAAGGCCGAGGAUCGUGUAUUCAUUUUUGAUCUUCAACAGAGGAUUAUCCUUGGGGAACUUCAGACCCCUUCUGUUAAGUACAUUGUCUGGUCAAGUGACAUGGAGAAUGUUGCCUUGCUCAGUAAACAUGCUAUUGUUAUUGCAAACAAGAAGCUUGUUCACAGAUGCACACUGCAUGAGACUAUCCGUGUGAAAAGUGGAGCCUGGGAUGAGAAUGGUGUCUUUGUAUAUACAACAUUAAACCACAUCAAGUAUUGCCUUCCCAAUGGGGACAAUGGUAUAAUAAAAACUCUCGAUGUUCCGGUGUACAUGACCAAGGUUGCUGGGAGCAACAUCUAUUGCCUGGACCGUGAUGGGAAGAACCGUAUCAUAUCAAUAGAUGCUACUGAAUAUGUCUUCAAGUUAUCCCUUCUGCGGAAAAGAUAUGAUCAUGUAAUGAGCAUGAUAAAAAGUUCGCAGCUUUGCGGACAGGCAGUGAUUGCUUACCUCCAGCAGAAAGGAUUCCCUGAGGUAGCUCUGCAUUUUGUUAAAGAUGAGAGGACCAGAUUCAACCUGGCACUUGAAAGCGGGAAUAUUCAGAUUGCUGUUGCUUCUGCAAAAGAGAUUGAUGAGAAAGAUCACUGGUAUAGGUUAGGGAUUGAGGCCCUUCGUCAGGGAAAUACUAGUAUUGUGGAAUAUGCAUACCAGAGGACAAAGAACUUUGAGAGGCUUUCUUUUCUUUAUCUUGUAACCGGCAACAUUGAGAAACUGUCAAAAAUGCUGAAAAUAGCUGAGAUAAAAAAUGAUGUGAUGGGGCAGUUCCAUAAUGCCUUGUAUCUCGGUGACAUUCAGGAACGUGUGAAGAUUUUGGAGAAGGCGGGACAUUUACCGCUUGCAUAUGUCACAGCUGCCACACAUGGGCUCAAGGAGGAUGCUGAGAGGCUUGCGGUGGAGUUGGGAGACAACCUUCCUUCUCUACCUGAGGGAAAAGCUCAAUCACUUCUGAUACCUCCUCCUCCCCUUACGUGUGGUGGAGACUGGCCAUUGUUGAGGGUGAUGAGGGGCAUUUUUGAGGGUGGCCUGGAUAAUGUGGGGAAAGGAGGUCCAGAGGAGGAAGAGGAUGAAACUAAUGGGGCUGAGUGGGGUGAUGAGGACUUGGAUAUUGUUGAUGUGGAGCAUGCAAUGCAGAAUGGUGAUAUAGGUGUAGAUAUCGAAGAUGGUGAAGCUAAUGCUGAAAAUGACGAAGAAGGAGGCUGGGAUCUUGAAGAUCUGGAAUUGCCACCAGAUGUUGAUACUCCCAAGGCCACGUCAAAUGUCCGAUCUUUAUUUGUGGCACCCACACCUGGCAUGCAAGUUAGCCAAAUCUGGAUCCAGAAAUCAUCUCUUGCUGGGGAGCAUGUGGCAGCUGGAAAUUUUGAUACUGCCAUGCGUUUGCUGAGCCGGCAAUUAGGCAUCAAGAAUUUUGCCCCAUUGAAGCCUAUGUUUUUGGACCUGUUUAUGGGCAGCCACACAUACUUGCAAGCCUUUACUUCAGUCCCUGUUAUAUCAAUUGCUGUGGAGAAGGGAUGGAGUGAGUCAGCCAGCCCUAAUGUGAGGGGCCCGCCAGCACUUGUGUUUAAGUUAUCACAGUUGGAUGAGAAGCUUAAGUCAGCUUACCGGGCCACAACAGAGGGUAAGUUUCCAGAGGCUCUAAGGCAAUUCCUUGGUAUCUUGCACACGAUUCCACUUAUUGUUGUUGACUCAAGGAGAGAGGUUGAUGAAGUGAAGGAGCUUAUUGAAAUAGCUAGAGAGUAUGCCUUGGGGUUAAAGAUUGAGGUUAAACGCAAGGAAACGAAGGAUGAUAUUGUAAGGCAGCAGGAGCUGGCAGCAUACUUCACCAACUGCAAGCUUCAAAAGAUUCACACAAGGCUUGUGCUCACCAGUGCUAUGACCAUCUGCUUCAAGGGAGGAAAUUAUGCCACUGCUUCCAAUUUUGCUAGGAUGCUUCUAGAGAGCUCCCCAACUGAAGCCCAAGCAAAGAAAGCAAAGCAAGUGCUGCAGGCUUGCGGUGACAGGAAGGAUGCGGAGCAACUGAAUUAUGACUUCAGGAAUCCAUUUGUUGUUUGUGGAGCAACCUUUGUUCCAAUUUACCGAGGCCAAAAGGAUGUCUCCUGCCCCUAUUGCAGGGCCAGGUUUGUGCCAUCCAUUGAAGGGCAGCUUUGUGUUGUUUGUGAACUUGCCAUGGUUGGGGCAGAUGCAUCAGGCUUGCUCUGUUCUCCUUCCCAGACUAGAUGAUGAAGGUAUGAAUAUAGAUUGUUACAUGCCAUCCUUAUUCUUUUUGUUCUUAAUCUUUAGAUUAUCAUGCUAUAUAUCUUGGUUAGACCAAUUAGUAAUUUCAUGGGAAGUACUGUAAUAAGAUGUAGGAAACAUUGAUGCUCUUGAGCAUUUUAUUUAGUUCCUUUGGCCAGGUUAGCCGACCGUUAAAUGUAGGUUUUUCCCCGAGGAUUUCCAGUGAUUGUGUCCUAGAAGAAUGAUGUAAAAGGUACAUUUGCUUUUGUAACGAAGUAAGGGGUUACUUCCUGGUUUUUUGUUUGUUGGACAUUUUGUUGGCUUUUUGUGAAGAUUUGUAUUGGUCCUGAUAAGUUGGUACUUUGAAUGUGUGUUCUGGUA